UGUGUGUCCGCGUGCAGAGCAAGUGUCAGCCCGUAUAGUUGAGAAGGUGACAGCAGAAGCGGUGGCAGUGCUCAAGCAGCAGCAGGACAAGCAGGACUCUACUAGGAGACUGUCCUCAGUGGAGGACUCUGCCAACCUGCCACCCUCCCCUCCCCCCUCUCCGUCGGCAGAGCAGAUCGGACCCAUGGAGCAAAAGGAGAGACUAGAGGUUGUCCCUACUCCCCCUGAGGAGGAGGAGGAGGAGGAGGAGGUGGAAUUUACCCAAGUCUCAGCAGCUCCUGAGGAGGAUCACCCAGGUCAACAGGGGGAGGAUUCUGAUCAGCAGCCCACAGACAUGCUCUUAGAGCAUGUUGAUAUUGUAAGCGAGCCCCAGGCUUUGCCCUGUCCUCAGGCCGAGUCUCAUAAAUUCCUCAACGGGGGAGGAAUCCAUCAGGCUGAGUUGGAUAAACCAUCAGAGGAAGCCGUGGAGGACCAGCAGCCUCUUAAUGUGACCCACCAAUCCCGGGAAAGGACCUCUGAGGGUACCUACCGGACUCCAGAAAAGAGGUCCUCUCUGCCCAGGCCUGCCUCCUCCCUGCCCCGCCGUGCCCCCCCAGCAGAGCACGACAACACCAGCCCUGCCCCCCGCAGGCCCACCUCAAUUCAAACUGAGCCCAGAGGGGAGCACAGGUCUGGGAGGUCCCCUAGUAUCGCAGUCGGCACCAACUCGUCGGCCCGUUCCCGUUCGGCCCGGAGCGGAGCCUCCACGCCCCACACCCCCGGCUCCACAGCGGUCACCCCAGGAACACCACCCAGCUACUCCUGCCGCACCCCUGGGAGUCGCACCCCCGGCAGCCACACACCCAAGUCUCUCAGCCUCCUCACUCAGGAGAAGAAGUUUGCUGUGAUCCGCACACCGCCCAAGUCACCCUCUACCACACCCAAGCAGCUGCGCGUCCUCAACCAGCCCCUGCCUGACCUGAAGAACAUCAAGUCCAAGAUCGGCUCCACAGACAACAUGAAGUACCAGCCCAAAGGUGGACAGGUCUUCAUUCCAAGUGUUAAACUGGACUUUAGCCAUGUCCAAUCUAAGUGUGGCUCCCUGGACAAAAUCCAGUACGCACCCACCGGGGGAAACGUCCACAUUACCACCAAGAAGAUAGACCUGAGCCACAUCACCUCCAAAUGUGGAUCAAUGUCCAACAUCCGUCACCGACCAGGGGGUGGUAACGUGCGUAUUGAGAGUGUGAAACUGGACUUCAAGGACAAGGCCGAGGCCAAAGUGGGCUCACUGGCCAACGCCAGUCACACCCCCGGGGGAGGACAAAUCAUGAUCGAGAGCCACAAGCUGACGUUCCGUGACACGGCCAAGGCUCGCGUGGACCACGGGGCAGACGUUAUCACCCUGUCCCCAGGUGGCACCGAAGGUACAUCCCCCCACCGUCUCAGCAACGUGUCAUCCACGGGCAGCCUCAACCUCCUGGACUGCCCCCAGCUGUCCACACUGGCCCAGGACGUCACCAUGGCCCUGGCCAAGCAAGGCUUAUGAGCCUCCUGCCUCCUCCAUCGCCCCUGGUUCCUGAUUC